ACAAAACUGUCUCUCUUGUACACAAAACUUUCAUGUUAGUCGUUUUGCUUGUUUCUUAAACUAGAAUUUCAUUUCUUUAUGUUUUUACCGCAUAGUCGUGUCAUAAAAGUGUGUAAUUAGUGAAAUCCAGUUGUGAACGUACAAAAUCAUCAAAUUGCCGACGUUUUAAGUGUACCGAAAUAUUAUAUGAGGAAAGUGUAGCUCUCCACCUGUUAACGCAUUGAUAAUCCGCCAGCUUUACUAAUUAGGUUACCUUUGUUUUGGGCUAAAAUGAGCAAUUAAAACAAAAAUUUAAAGUAGCAUUUGUUACCGAACAAGUAAACAAGAAACAUUCAGUUAAACUGUAAAUCAUCGGAAAGCAACAUCCAAUAAUUGUGUUACGCUGCAUAGCAGAUUCGAACGGCCAUAAAUUAAUCCAAAGCUUUUACUUUCGAUGCGCACCAGAGUGGAAAACUUAAGCAACCUGUACAACUGCUUUAGAAGAGGUACGCCUCACGGAAGAGCCGAAAAACCGAACAUCGAAGAAAACAAAUCAAUCCGCAGCCGGAAUCCGUUAACUGAUUGAUGGCAACAAGACGAAAGUUUUUCCAUCGAAAGAUUUUUAUUAGACUGAUUACUGUUUCCUAGAGAGCAUUUUAACUCUUGUGACAUUUUGCUUAUACCGGAAAUUUCUUCAUAGUAUGCAGAUUUUGUUUCAAAAUUUAAGCAAAAAGUUAGCUAAUUGAGAGCGCAUUUCUUAAAAUUGAAGCACAACUGCUGACAAUUGUACAAAGGAUUUAAUCAAUCGAUAAGCAUUUAAGGCAGCCAAGAUGUCGUUGACCGACAAAGAAUAUUACAAUCUGACAAUGAGUAUCUCUAAGGCGCUCAGUAACGUGGAGGCGCCUAUCAAGGUCAAACACGUACGGGCAGCCAUCAUCGGCACGUUCCACAGCAAAGGUGGCCACGCGUUUUGGGCCAUCGCCAUCCGACAGCCAGUUCAGGAAAACCGAAUAGUAGCGUGGAAGUUUUGUCAUCUGCUGCACAAAAUCCUUCGCGAAGGGCAUCCGCACUGCUGUCAGCACUCGAUGCGCCAUCGAGGAAUGCUGACUGAGGCGGGUAAACUGUGGGGUCACCUGAACGAUGGCUACGGAAUUUGCAUCAAGCAUUACACCAAGCUACUGGUAACGAAGCUAGAGUUUCACGAUCGGAAUCCCCGGAUACCGGGCAGUCUGGCGCUGAAACCUGGAGAGCUGGAACAUAUCGGUGGAGGUGAUAUAAACUUCUACUUCCAGCUUGCGGUGGAAAUCUUCGAUUAUCUGGAUGACAUCAUUGCACUUCAAGCGACAAUCUUCAACUCAAUCACCACGUUCUGUGUCAGUUCCAUGACUUCCCCCGGUCAAUGCCGUUUGGCACCACUGAUCCCGUGUAUUCAGGAUUCGAACCCAUUAUACGACUUUGUCGUACGAAUAAUGUUCAAACUGCAUGCAAAUCUGCCAUCCGAUCUGCUUACUGGUCAUCGAGAACGGUUCCGAACACUAUUUCACCAAUUAAAGUCGUUCUACAAUCAAUCCCGGAAUCUGCAGUACUUCGUUAACCUCAUAACAGUUCCUAAGCUUCCGGAUGCUCCACCUAACUUCGAACAGCAAAGUGACCUUGGCAAUUAUCAGGCACCGGUUGUCGUAAUGCCUGACUCUGAACCCAUCGAUAACGAUGCAGAAUCAAUAAUGUCAGAGAGCCUGAUCGAUACCUCCGAAGCGGCACCACCCAUUCCUGAGCUUCCUCAAAACCACCACCAGAAUCAUAUCCAGCAGGCGGCACCUCCAAACUAUCAGGUAUUGGAGCUGGAGCGGCUUCUCAAGGAUCGCGACGAUCUAAUCCGACAUCUGCAGAUGGAGAUCGAGCGGCUUUCAAACUACGUUAAAUCACUCACCAUCGAGCAGCGGGAUGUGCAGCAGCGACUCGAAGAACAGAUCGGCCAACUGAACUCGCAACUAACAUUCAGCCAGGGUGAACUGUCCAACUUGCGAAUUCAAAAGGAAGAACUGGAGCUGCGAGCCCAAUCAGCACCUACUCUAGAACAAAAAGCACAUGCCGAGGAAGAGCGGGCCAAAGCAAGCGAGGAAAAGUUCCAAAAGCUGAAAACCAUGUACACCCAGAUACGGGACGAGCAUGUCCAGCUGCUUCGACAGACUAAGAUUUAUGAAUACAGAGUGCAAUGCUACAAACAGCAUGGGGAAAUCAGCCGACAGCUGGCGACCUCCAACAAAGCCGCCUUGGAAGCUACUGCAGCCAAAGAAGAAAUUCGUAUUCAAAUGGAAGAGCUUCAGCAAAAGCAAACCAUUGUGGCGGAAAAGCUUCAGCAAAGCUCUUCGGAAGCCAAACGAGAGCAUGAAGCCGUAGCCGCUGAGCUCCAGGACACCACGGAGAAAUAUGCCACCCUGCAAAACAAAUACCAGGAAAUGGAAGCAGACCGGCAGGCUGAGAUUGCCGAACUAAAGAUCAGCCUCGAACGGGUGGAAACAGAACUAGCCACAUUCAGAACCGAUCGAGAAACGUUGCAAGCCGAAAAAGGAGCGCUGGAGAGCAGCCUCGGAGAAAUUCAACUCGAGCGGGAGCAGCUUUCCAAGCAGUACGACGAUGUACUGCUCAAAAUGGAGAAGCUACAAAUCGAGUCCGAACUGCACUCACGGGAGGAAGUUUCUCUGCAGCAAAGUGUUAGCGAAAAAGCUCAGCAUGCACAAGAACUGUCACAAAAACUGGAUCAAUUGCAACGGGACUACGAAUCCCUGCAAAAACAACACACCGAUCUGGAAGCAGCUAAGGCUGCACAGGAGCAACAGUUCAACAGAACCCACGAAGCCGAUCUGCUAAUGCUAGAAUCGUUGCAGUCUGAAAUGACGGAGAAAGUGUCUACCUUGUGUGCUGAGAAAGAAAACCUUCUAGUGGAGAAAGAUAAUCAAUUCCUACAGUUGACAGCACUGCAAACAAAAUCCAGCCAACGUUCGUCGGACUUCGAAUCGUUGGAGAAAGACCUCAAAAACGUUAUCGAGCAGAAGGAUCACGAGCUGGACGAACUGAGGGCAAAAUACCAGGAACUGGAAGAAAAGUAUCAGUCUCUCGAUGCAAAUAUGGACCGAUUGCUGACCGAAAAAGGUACAAUCGAGUCCGACCUGCAAGAUUUACUUCACCAACAGGACGAAAUGGAUCAAAAGUAUCAGGACGCACUGGGCACAAUGCGCAACCUGGAGAGCUCCCUGGUGGACGCAAAAAUAUCCGGCGAAACGGCGCUUCGCACGCUGCUCGAGGCAUGUAUCAAAUCUUCCGAGAAACUGGCACUACGAGCGAUAAGCGAAAGCGAAAUGCCCGGCGCUGGCGGAACUCCUACGUACUUCCUGAUGAUUGCCGAGGAACUAGAAGAAGUUCUCUCAAAGCUAGCAAUAGUUCAUGAAAGUUAUCGUAAGGAUAACUCAACGAAUGUGGAAUCACUGGCGCGAAAGGUUAUCAUUGGUGCCCAUCUACUGGCAUCGGCGCACGUACAGGGAAUGUCUAUCUGUAAUCGUUCCGCGAACAUCGAGUGUGGAGAACGUAUAGCCGAGGAGAUCAAAGAACUGGGCGGAUCGAUCGCCGGUUUGUUCCAGUCGCUACACAAAACAAGCGAAUCAGACUGCGUCGCGACUAAGAUAGUCGAUCUGCGAAGUAAACUACAGAAGGUAACCUCCAUGAUUGGCGAUUUGAGCAAGCAAACGGAUGGCACAGAGAACCUGGGCGAUCUGGUCGAAAACGAACUCAGCAGCAUGGACAAGGCAAUCGAGGAAGCGGCCGCCCAAAUCGAGGAAAUGUUAUCCAAGUCACGAGCUUCCGAUUCGGGCAUAAAGUUGGAGGUCAAUGAGAAAAUUCUCGACGCCUGUACAACUCUGAUGCAGGCAAUCCGCAUUCUGGUGCAGAAGUCCCGUCUCCUGCAGUCGGAAAUUGUCGCGCUCGGAAAGGGUUCUGCCUCGGCGAAGGAGUUUUACAAACGCAACCAUCAGUGGACCGAAGGAUUGAUUUCUGCCGCCAAGAGUGUGGCACAAGGGGCGAACUUCCUGGUGACGGCAGCCAACAAGACCGUUGCCGGUGGAUCUCGUCACCAGCUUGAUCUAAUUGUGGCAGCCCAGGAGAUUGCGGCUUGCACAGCCCAACUUGUAGUAGCGAGUCGCGUCAAGGCACCCCGUGGGAGCCAGAAUCUGGCUGCACUGGGAACCGCCUCGAAGAAUGUCACCCAAGCUACCGGGAUUGUAGUGGCCACAGCUAAAGAUUGUAGCCAACGUUUGGAAGAUUCACAAGACUUGGACCUCGGAUCACUAACGGUGCAUCAAGCUAAAACCAAGGAAAUGGAAAUCCAGGUCAAAGUUCUCGAGCUCGAGCAAGCGCUUCAAACGGAAAGAAUGAAGCUGGCGGCGUUCCGUAAAAAGAACUAUCAGUCUCCUGUUGACGAGUGAAACAUUUGCCAUUGUAGUUGCAAAACUGAAGACAGAUCAACAUUAUUCUUAUCUUGUGAACAAGUAUAGAAAGAUGUCACGGAAUAGUGAAAAAUUUACAGUGUUUAAGACAAUAUAUCAAAAUUCAUUAGUCGUCAACACACUGUUUGUGUAGAUUAGCUGCAAAAUAAAAUGCAAUAGAAAAAGGUAUACAAUAUUAGCCCCACCUGUCGAGGACGUAAACUUCUAAAUAUGCAAUGAUAGAGUAACACUAUUCCUGACUGUGUCUUCUUCUACAGCCAUCGAUAUGAUAUAUGAACCGAUAAGGAACGAUUCAAAUUUAUUAGACAUCUAUGAUUUGAUCUAUAGUUAACCAUCAGUAUGAAAAAAAAUAUUUUAUAUCAAAUCUUUUUAUCAAUUAUCUUAAGAUGUAAAAAGAUUUACCUCUAAAUCGUGCAUACAUUGAGGGCAUAUCUUUUUCUCACCUGUUACAUGAGAUGUUUCAACUUGCAGACGAUCAAAACCACAAGCGAUGAGUGAGCUUACUUAUCUACCAAAUAUAAUCAUUUGAAUACGUAUUAAUGCGAAGAAGCGAGGUAAUUUAUUAUGUUUGUCUACUUUGUACCACGAAGAAACCAAUUGUUGAUAUAUUUUUACAUACUAGUGUACCGCUAACUAAAAUAUGUUCUGAAUAAAAAAGCUCAGCUAAAUCAAUUGUAUAAUGCGAAA